AUGUUGUUGUUGUCGCUGCUGCUGCAGCCUUUGGCGAGCGCUUGUUGUAACACCAGCCCCGGCGCUCUGGCAUCACGCAUCACCCUACGACAUCAACGCAACAUCAAAUGCAACAUACGACAUCAACUGUUCGCUUGUUCUUUGUGCUUCGCGCAGAUUCCUUUCCUUCCUUCGACUCUCUCUCUCGCAACUCUUCCCCCCUCCUCGAAGCUGCUCACAAGCUCCGUCUCAAACCCAAAAUACCCUUGCAAGCUCGUCUUUCCCUCGUCUCGCGGCCCCCAUUCGCUGGUUCGCUAUCGCAGUCCUUCUCGACGGUGGUGCGGCACCUCCGCCCUCGGCCUGUCGUUGAGACGACCCAAGGAGCAACUAGAGGGUCAGGCGGUCGUUAGCUGCCGAUGCACUGUGCAGCUUCGCGGGACUGGGACUGGCUCAAUGGGCUGCGAGUGCGAGUGUGUCUGGAGCUUACAGUAUUUGAUCCACCAUGUGGGGGAGAGGGAUAUCCCGCCGUCUAGACCAUUCGGGAGACAUCCAGGCCAUGUACGGACGGGUAUAGCACCAAAGCCAAAUAGAUGA